AUGAACACAACAAGUGAUGACUUGGCCAACCCCACCACCUUGCAAGACACUGGAGGUGAUUUUCCCAACUGCACUGACGUGGAAGUUGGUCUGAAGACCUUGUACCUCCCCAUUAUGUACAGCAUCAUCUUCCUGGUGGGCUUCCCGGGAAACGUCAUUGCAAUUUGUGUUUACAGCUUCAAGAUGAGGCCUUGGAAGAGCAGCACCAUCAUCAUGCUGAACCUGGCGCUCACAGACCUGCUCUACCUCACCAGCCUUCCCUUCCUGAUACACUACUAUGCCAGUGGGGAGCACUGGAUCUUUGGCGAAUUCAUGUGCAAGUUCAUCCGCUUCAGCUUCCACUUCAACUUGUACAGCAGCAUCCUCUUCCUCACCUGCUUCAGCGCCUUCCGCUACAUGGUGGUUGUCCACCCUAUGAAGUUCUUCCACCACAUCCAGAGGAAGCGGUGGACAGCGGUGGCUUGCACAGCUGUUUGGGUGAUUGCACUGGCAGCUGUCAGCCCCAUCAACUUCUUGAUCUCCUCAAAAGAGGCACAAAACAGAUCCUUAUGCCUCGAUCUUACCAGCUCCGAAAACCUGGGCACAAUCAGGUGGUAUAACUGGCUACUGACUGGCCUGGCCUUCUUCCUGCCCUUACUGAUGGUGACUCUGUGCUAUGUGCUCAUUAUUUGCACCUUGGCUACAGGGCCCCACACACAGGUUUGCUACAAACGAAAGGCUCGCAGACUCGCUGUUGUCCUCCUGAUGGUUUUCUAUGUGUGCUUCCUCCCCUUGCACGUCUUUCGAGUGGCUCGAGUUGAACUACGGUUGUGUGCAGUCAGCUGUCACAUGGAGAAGCAAAUCCACUCCGCCUAUAUCAUCUCUCGGCCACUGGCUGCACUCAACACAUGUGGCAACCUACUACUUUAUGUUGUGAUUGGAGGUAACUUCCAGCAGGCCAUCCUCUCUCUUUCAAGGUGUAAGUGGAACAAAUACAUCCAGCAGCCCAGGGGCAACAAUUACGGGACCAACUCAGAAAUCACAUUAAAGUUAUGA